AUGAAGAAAGCAGAGAUGAUGUUUAUCCCUUUACCUGCUAUUGGCCAUAUUGUAGCGGCGGUGGAGACUGCUAAGCUCCUUGUUGAACGUGAUGAUCGAGUUUCCACAUCUGUCCUUCUAAUCAACCCAGCUCUUCACUCAAAUACCACCAAAUACAUUGAGUCACUCGCUACAUCAACUCUGCCCAACCGUAUGCGAGUCAUCGAUUUGCCCACUCUGGAGCCCAAUUCAAGGAAUGAUAAUUGGCUAACUUAUUCGAUUGAAGGCCAGAAGCCCCAUAUCAAAGCAUAUGUCACCAAGAUCAAGACUCAGUCUGAGUUGAGCCCUGACUCUCCUCGACUUGCUGGGUUUGUUUUUGAUAUGCUUUGCACAGGAUUGAAAGACAUGGCAAAUGAAUUUGGUGUUCCUUGGUACGUUUUCUCUGCCUCAAGUGCUGCUUUUUUCGGUUGCAUGUUACAUUUACUGUACCUUCACGACGAACAAAAGGUUGAGCUCUCUGAGUUCAAAAACUCGGAUGUUGAGCUGGAAAUUCCUAGUUUGGUGAACCGGAUUCCUGCUAGACUUCUGCCUUCUAUGGUGCUUGAUAAAGAAUCCAGCACAACUUUUCUCGACCCUGCAAGAAUGUGGAAGGAAGCUACGGGUAUUUUAAUGAAUACAUUUAUAGAGUUGGAAUCUCAUGUGGUUAACUCCUUUUCUAAUGACAGAAGGAUCCCUCCUGUGUAUCCAGUUGGGCCUAUUGUUCGAUCAGAAGGGAAAGGCCAUGAUAAGGGAUUAGAUCAAAGGGAGGAUUAUAUGGCCAUCAAACAAUGGCUUGAUGAUCAACCUCCAUCAUCAGUAGUCUUCUUAUGCUUUGGGAGUUGGGGAAGUUUCGAUGUGAAUCAGAUAAAAGAGAUUGCACAUGCACUCGAGCGUGGUGGAUAUCGAUUUUUGUGGUCUCUACGUAAGCAGCAACCACAAGGUAACGUUGAACAAUCGACCAACUACGAGAGUUUUCAAGAAAUUUUAUCCGAAAAGUUCUUAAAUCGGACAGUUGACACCAGAAAGACAUCUCUUAUAGCCACAAAAAGUAGUACUGUUUGCAAACUCGUAGAAACCUAUUGCAAAAUGAAGAAAGCUGAGCUAGUCUUCAUUCCUGCACCAAUUAUAAGCCAUGCUGCAUCCACAGUAGAGGUAGCUAAGCUCCUUGUAGACCGUGAUGAGAGGCUUUCGAUCACCUUCCUCAUCAUGAAAACAACUUUAAACACCAAGAUCUACCGUAGCUACAUGGAUUCAGUGAGUGCAGCCUGCAGUCGUAUCCGGUUCAUUGACUUGCCUGAAGCUGAGGUUGAUCCAAACCUCCCCACCAGGCUUUUCAAUUCUUUGAUCGAAGCCCAUAAACCUCAUGUCAGAGAAGAGGUCUCUAAGCUUGUGACUCAGUCCGAGUUAAGCCCUGACUCGACUCGACUUGCUGGGUUUGUUCUUGAUAUGUUUUGUACAUCAAUGAUAGAUGUGGCCAAUGAAUUUGGUGUUCCCUCCUAUCUUUUCUUUCCAUCUGCUGCAGCUUUUCUUGGUCUUCAGUUUUAUAUUCAGAAUCUCCAUGAUGAGCAGAAAGUUGACCCGACCGAGUUCAAUGACUCGGAUGUUGAGUUGGUCGUGCCGUGUUUGGCGAACCCUUUUCCUGCGAAGGUUUUACCUACUGCGAUGCUUAACAAAGAUUGGCUGCCUCUUUCACUUUGCUUGAUUAGAAGGUUCAAAGAAACUAAAGGUAUUAUGGUAAAUACAUUUUACGAGUUAGAAUCUCAUGCGAUUAACUCCUUCUCGAAAGGUAAAGCUCCGCCUGUUUAUCCAGUGGGUCCCAUUUUAAACCUCAGUCGUGAUGAACGUUCAGAUGGAAAUAAUGCUCAUAAAGACAUCAUGCAAUGGCUUGAUCAUCAACCUUCAUCUUCAGUAGUCUUCCUGUGUUUUGGGAGCAUGGGAAAUUUCGGUAUGGAGCAAGUGAAAGAGAUCGCCUGUGGAUUAGAGCAGAGUGGAUAUCGAUUCUUAUGGUCUCUACGUCAACCUCCACCGAAGGGUAAGAGAGAAGCUCCAAGUGAUUACGUAAAUCCUCAAGAAGUCUUACCUGAAGGAUUCUUUGAUCGGACAGCUAAGAUUGGAAAAGUGAUCGGAUGGGCUCCGCAAAUAGAUAUCUUGGCUCAUCCAUCUGAUAUUGAGAAAGGAAUAAAGUGUUUAAUGGAGCUUGACAAUGAGAAAAAGGGGAAGUUGAAGGAAAUGAGUGAAAAGAGUAGGAAGGCUUUGAUGAAUGGUGGAUCUUCAUACAUUUGCCAUGCUGCAUCCACAGUAGAGGUAGCUAAGCUCCUUGUAGACCGUGAUGAGAGGCUUUCGAUCACUUUCCUCAUCAUGAAAACAACUUUAAACACCAAGAUUUAUCGUAGCUACAUGGAUUCAGUGAGUGGAGCCUGCAGUCGUAUCCGGUUCAUUGACUUGCCUGAAGCUGAGGUUGAUCCAAACCUACCCAUCAGGUUACUCAAUUCUUUGAUUGAAGCCCAUAAGCCUUAUGUGAAAGAAGAAAUUUCUAAGCUUGUGAUUCAGUCCGAGUUAAGUCCUGACUCGCCUCGACUUGCUGGGUUUGUCCUUGACAUGUUUUGUACAUCAAUGAUAGAUGUGGCCAAUGAAUUUGGUGUCCCCUCUUAUAUUUUCUUUGCAUCUGCUGCAGCUUUUCUUGGUCUUGAGUUUUAUAUUCAGAAUCUCCAUGACGAACAGAAAGUUGACCCCACUGAGUUCAAGGACUCGGAUGCUGAGUUGGUCCUUCCGUGUUUGGCGAACCCCUUGCCUGCGAAGGUGUUACCUUUUUCGUUGUUUGACAGAGACCGGCUGCCUGUUUUACUUCGCCUGGUUAGAAGGUACAAAGAAACCAAGGUUAUUAUAUUAAAUACAUUUUACGAGUUGGAAUCUCAUGCGAUUAGCUCCUUCUCGAAUGGUAAAGCUCCGCCUGUUUAUCCAGUGGGUCCCAUCUUAAACCUCAAUCGUGAUGAACGUUCAGAUAGAAAUGAUGCUUAUAAAGACAUCAUGCAAUGGCUUGAUCAUCAACCUUCAUCUUCAGUAGUCUUCCUGUGUUUUGGGAGCAUGGGAAAUUUCGGUAUGGAGCAAGUGAGAGAGAUCGCCUGUGGAUUAGAACAGAGUGGAUAUCCAUUCUUAUGGUCCCUACGUCAACCUCCACCAAAGGGUAAGAUAGAAGCUCCAAGUGAUUACGUGAAUCCUCAAGAAGUCUUACCUGAAGGAUUCUUAGAUCGGACGGCCAAGAUUGGAAAAGUGAUCGGAUGGGCUCCACAAGUAGAUAUCUUGGCUCAUCCAUCUUUAGGAUUGGCGGUGGAAAUUAAAAUGGAUUACGUAAAACAGUUUAAUAUGGAUGAUUGUGAAAUUGUUAGUGCUGAGGAUAUUAAGAAAGGAAUAAAGUGUUUAAUGGAGCUUGACGAUGAGAAAAGGGGGAAGUUGAAGGAAAUGAGUGGAAAGAGUAGGAAGGCUUUGAUGAAUGGUGGAUCUUCGUACAUUUGGUUAGGUCGUUUGAUUCAAGAUAUGAUAGAUAGCAUGCCAUGA